AUGGCCCACAGCAUUGGUCCUGAACUAUAUCUUUAUUCUCCAAGAAUUCCUGAUCACAGAUGUUUCAUGCCUAGGACUUUGGAAAGGACAGAGCGAGCCCAGAGGAGGGGCAGAGGAGCCGGGGCACGCAGCCCGACGUUUGGGCAGCACCCGGGCCGAGCUGAACAGGUUAAAGCAGCUCCCCCUCUCCUGCUCUCCACGCCUCCCAGGUUUUCCCCCUUGGCUCAGGGUUUCCUGUUUCAGUUCUUGGUGAUCUCCAGCAGCAGGUGCUGGUUUGCCAACUCUCCCGCUUUGAGGACAAGGAAAGGAGAGAAGGGGAAGAGGAGGAAACAGCGGCGGCCGCUGCUGAGGGAAGAGAGGGAGAAAGAGAGAGGAGGGGGAGGGAGGGAGAGCAGCGGGGCAGAAACCUCCGCCUUGCUCCGCGCGCCCAGGAGCAGGGGGCCAGAGAGGGGCGCGGGCGGAACCCCGGGGACUCUGCUGGGAGCGGAGCUGGGCGGCGGCGGCGGCCCGGGAGGAUGUGAGGGACAGGCGCCGGCCGAGCGGAGCCCAGCGCAGCGGCGCGGAGGCCGAGCGGCGGCGGAGGCAGGGCGCGGGCAGAGCGGACGAGCCGGACGUGUUGUCGGGCUGCAAGAAUACAGGGCAGGUUAUCUCCAGGAACACAGGAAAAACAGCAAAGUGGAGUCAAGUACAUGCAGCAGCUUCAUGGGCUUGAAGGAUCACUUGGGGCAUGACCUAGGCCACCUUUAUGUGGAGAGCACUGACACACACAUAAGUGCUAUUGUACCUUGGUCAAUGGUGGAGAAACCAACGAUGGAUAAAGUUAACUCUAGAAAGGAAGAUGCAGAAAAGGUGGUAUCUGAAGAUAUUGGAAGCUCCAGUUGUGAUUCGGAAGAAAACACAAAUUCUGAUAAUGAUUCAGAACAAUUGGGUAGCAUUGCAGUAGAGCCAUGCUUGUUAACUAAGACUCAUAGACAGCUACGUAGGUCUCCCUGUUUAGAGCCUCACAUAUUCAAAUGCAACGAAAUCUUGCAAGACUUAAAAACAGAGGAGACACAGAUAACGCCUAAGGAAGUGAAGAAGCCCCCUGAUGUGGUGAAAGAAUACCAAGCCAAACUGGAAUUUGCACUUAAGUUGGGUUAUUCUGAAGAACAGGUUCAGCUUGUGCUAAAUAAACUUGGUACUGAUGCUUUAAUCAAUGAUAUCUUAGGAGAACUGGUCAAACUUGGAAAUAAAAGUGAAACUGAUCCAACUGUUAGUACAAUUAACAGCAGCAUAAUUAGAGAAACAUCUUCCCUAGAAUCUCAGAGAUCUGACUCCCCACUUCAGGAGAUCAUGACAGAUGAUGGUGAGAAUCUGAGACCAGUAGUUAUUGACGGCAGCAAUGUGGCAAUGAGCCAUGGGAAUAAAGAAGUAUUUUCCUGCCGUGGAAUAAAAUUGGCUGUUGAUUGGUUUUUGGAAAGAGGCCACAAAGAUAUUACAGUGUUUGUUCCUGCUUGGAGAAAAGAGCAGUCAAGACCUGAUGCUCUCAUCACAGAUCAAGAAAUUUUACGUAAGUUGGAGAAGGAGAAAAUUUUGGUGUUCACUCCAUCCCGACGUGUUCAGGGAAGAAGAGUAGUAUGUUAUGAUGACAGAUUCAUUGUAAAAUUGGCUUUUGAGUCUGAUGGUAUCAUUGUGUCCAAUGAUAACUACAGGGAUCUGGCUAAUGAAAAGCCAGAAUGGAAGAAGUUUAUAGAUGAGCGGUUGCUGAUGUAUUCCUUUGUUAAUGACAAGUUCAUGCCCCCUGAUGAUCCUCUUGGCCGGCAUGGCCCAAGCUUGGACAACUUUCUAAGGAAAAAGCCUAUUGUUCCAGAACAUAAGAAACAGCCAUGUCCCUAUGGAAAGAAAUGUACCUAUGGACACAAGUGCAAAUACUACCAUCCUGAGAGGGGAAGUCAGCCACAGAGAUCAGUAGCUGAUGAACUUCGUGCCAUGUCUAGAAAUACAGCAGCCAAAACUGCAAAUGAAGGAGGAUUAGUGAAAAGCAAUAGUGUUCCUUGUAGCACUAAAACUGAUAGCACUUCUGAUGUCAAACGGGCUGCUCCAAAGAGGCAAUCAGAUCCUAGCAUAAGAACUCAAGUCUAUCAAGACUUAGAGGAAAAGCUUCCCACCAAAAACAAAUUGGAAACCAGGUCUGUUCCUUCUUUAGUUAGUAUACCAUCUUCCUCUGCUGCAAAACCCCAAAGUACUACGCCUUUAAGCAAUGGCCUUCCGUCUGGAGUUCAUUUCUCACCUCAGGAUCAAAGACCCCAGGGUCAGUAUCCUCCGAUGAUGAUGGCAACCAAAAAUCAUGGAACGCCAAUGCCUUAUGAACAGUAUCCAAAAUGUGAUUCACCUGUUGACAUUGGAUAUUAUUCCAUGUUGAAUGCAUACUCAAAUCUUAGUGUCUCUGGCCCCAGGAGUCCUGAAAGGCGUUUCUCCUUAGACACAGAUUACAGAAUCAGUUCUGUAGCCUCUGACUGCAGUAGUGAAGGGAGCAUGAGUUGUGGGAGCAGUGAUUCCUAUGUGGGGUACAAUGACAGGUCUUAUGUUAGUUCUCCUGACCCACAACUGGAGGAGAGCUUAAAGUGUCAACACAUGCACCCACACAGCCGCCUUAAUUCCCAGCCCUUUCUACAAACUUUCCAUGAUCCCUUAACUAGAGUGCAAAGUUACAGUCAUGAAGAACCAAAGCAUCAUCAUAAGCCUCCCGUUCCAUACAUGGCUGUGCAUUUGCAGCAUCCAGCUGUGGGGGCUCGGUCCAGUUGCCCUGGCGAUUAUCCCUCUCCUCAGAAUUCAGCACACUCUAAGACACUACACCUGGGGAGAUCUUUAGUGUCCACACGGAUAGACAGUAUUUCAGAUUCUCGGCUCUAUGACAGUUCUCCUUCUAGACAAAGAAAGCCUUAUUCCCGCCAAGAGGGGCCGGGGACCUGGGAGAGGCAGAAUUAUGGCAUUGAUGCAUAUGGCUACCGUCAGACGUACUCGUUGCCUGAUAACGCCACCCAGCCAUGCUAUGAGCCAUUUACUUUCCAAAGCUUACCUGAGCAGCAGGACCAGACGUGGCGGGCACCUUUCUGUGGCCUGCCGCAAGAUGCUCCGAGAUACCAGGACAGCCGAGAAAAGGUGUACGUCAACCUGUGCAACAUUUUCCCAUCCGACCUUGUGAGAGUUGUCAUGAAAAGAAACCCACACAUGACCGAUGCUCAGCAACUUGCUGCAGCUAUUUUAGUGGAGAAAUCACAGCUGGGUUAUUGAGCAAUGACGCAUCUUCGUGGUGUUUAGUCGUUGUUUGUUCAGCUCAGAUGCUGAGGGAGGUUUGCUACAGUAGCAUUUGUGAUCUCCUUCUCAGCAAGGAGGUUCUCUAGUAAUCCCUUUAUGUGAAAUCCUGUAUCAUGGUAUCUGUAUGUAUAGCCCCAUGCAUUGGAAGUAUCACGGGAUUCUUUUACCUUCAAACUUGACUUUUUUUUAAUGUUUCCUUUUUUUAAAACUAUAUUCACAACUGGAAAUUUUUCCAGGUUGGUUUGAUAGAUGUAUCUGUGAUCUUUGAUAAUAAUUUUUGGUGCAUCAGGGGUUUAUAUGCAGCACUUUUUAAUCCUUGUUUUAUGUUUAAUUAAUUGGGUCUUUGCCUAUCAUUUGCAAGAAAUUACAAUACUUUCAGAAAGUUGAGCGCAUUUGACUAGAUUAGCAUACUUUUGUCAAGCCAGGCUUAAUUUGAGUCUUUUACAGCUUUUUAAAAUUAUUUUUAUUUGGGGGAAGUGGGCUUUUUUGUGCUAGAAUCAUUAUUUAUAGAAAACAAAGAUAUUAUACAGCACUGACUUUAUCUUUUUAAACAAAAUGUAAGUUACCAGUUUUUAUUGAAAUGGGUAACAGUAUAUUAGAGUGAUUUACAAUACAUGGCACUUUUUAUUGUUUUGUUUUUGUUUUUAUUUUGUUUUCUAUUAGUUAAAUAGUUGAUUUAAUAUGAUUGAUUUAGAGGACAGCAGAUGCAAUCAAUGGAAAACAAAUUAGUUUCCAUUCCUUAUGGAUAAGGCAAAAGCCUAAAAAGUCUCGAUUUAGAUCUGUAUCAUUAUCCAGCUCUUUGUGCUUCUAAACAAUAGAAAUGGAAUUGAAAUCCUAGAUUUCCAUUAAGCUCUUGUUUUAUGUGUGUCUGCCUCUUUGUACUGGCACACAGGAAUACUGGAUAAAACACCCUUUCACAAUAUUUACCUAUUUUUAAAUGAAUCUAAUUAUUCUCAAUGCAACUUUUAUAUUUAAUGUACUGUUCAGUUUUCUUGCUGUUUAUCAAGGCUGGCCUGAGAUGGUUUUAUGCAUUGAGGAUAUGCAAAAUUUAUUGAUACUGCACUAUAGGGAUGGUGGUGGAGGAAAUGUAAAUGGUAACUUAAGUUUUUUUGUAAGAUACUGUAUAUUUUCUUGAAGGUAGUUUUUUGGCCUGUUAUAUUAUUAGGGCCUGAUUCUUGCCACAAUAGAGUAGUUUUAGAAACAGACUAAAGUCUGUUCUAGUAUUAGUAAGGGAUAUUUCUGGUUUAAAAGUCAUGGGUUUUGCUAGCUCCAUUUUCAUGGGUUAGAAAAUAGGUUUUGCAUUUGGCAGUAGACAGUUGAUUGACAUAGCUUGGGCUAUUGCCUACGUUGUAGAAUUCUGCAUAGUAUAAUGGGAUUAUUCAGGUCAGUCGGCUUUGAGACAGUUCCAUAGUUCGUGAUUUACUGUUGAUUAUUCUACUUGCUGCAGUAUGGAGUGAAACCCUGAAAAACCAGAAAGUACCUUUUACUGUUGAUACAAAUUGUAUCUUUUUAACUAUAAGAACCAUUUUUAUUUGUAGAUGUAGUUAAAACACAAAUGCGUAACUAUGAUUAGACUUUUGGGCAACAUUUUAUCCCUUAUUUAAUUUUUUUUAAAAAGAAAAGUAGAAUUGAGAUCUAGAAUAGGGUAGAAAAAUAAAAGAAACAAUUUGUUUAGGUAAUUUAAAAUGUCUGUCUCAAUUUUAUAUGAUAUAUAAGUAUCUAUUAAAGUCACUCUAUUGGCAUUUUUCUUUCUCCUAAAACUUAUCUAGUGUGAACGUAAUGAAAAAUAAAGGUAAAAUGCUGCCUGAAAAUAACGCCCAAGCACCUUUGACUAGGAUGACAUUUUCCCUACUUAUGUGACACUGUGUGUUGCAUGGAGUAGGAUUUGGGUAUACUGUAAAUGCUUCUCCAAGGCAUUGUGCUUAUUGACAUAGCCAAUAAUCUGAACCGUGUUCAGCAAACCUAAUUCAGGAACGUGUUCUUCUAUACAGCUUUUACUGUUGUUUUUGAGGGUGGGAUCUGCAUUCAUCUGUAUUCAGUAAUAACAUAGGUGAUGCUACAUGAACUCUCCUGAGUGGUGUCUGGGAGACACCUUCUGCACUUGUGGAAAUAUUUAUCCUUGAAUUUGUCGGUCACUAUCUGUAGAACAUGUUUUAAUGUAGAGGCUAAUUCAGUGCCAAUAACAGGGUUAUGUAUGUAGAUGGCUUUUAUCGUAGUUGUAUGGGUGUUUUUUUUUUUAAUGAAACCACACUUUUUAAAUACUACACCAUAGUGUAGGUAUGGCUAGCAUAGUGUAGCAGUGAUUUUAUUUGUAUUUUCUGUUUCCAUCGCUCUUCAUUUUAAUUAUAUGUCUGUCUGCCAAACUAUCCCAGAUUGCUUUGAAUACCGUCUAAAGUGAAAGAUAUAUAGACGUAUAUCAAUCACAUUUUCAUUGUGGUUUUCUGAUGUUUUAACAGAUUGCAUAUUAAUGGCUACUUUAGUUUGACCUCAUGGUUGAAACUAUAAGAAAGCAGUAGGAUAGCCUACAACAGUGUCAUGCAAUGAACAGAUCUGGACUACCCGUGCUGAAUUCUUCAAUAACAACUAAUUGUGAAUAAGUUGCAGUAUUCUCCUGUCAAGUGGAGCAUUUCAUUUUGUAUUGAAGCAUCAGAGUUACUUUGCAGGGUGUAAGGACAAGGGUUAUUUGGCAAUAUUUAGUUAUUGUCAGUUCUUAAUUAUCUAAAAGAUGAGGGGGAGGUAGUUCAUGAAUAAAUAAGAUUAACACCUAACUCAAAGAUUCUCCCCACCACAUUUUCAAGUGAAUUAAUUAGAAGCAAACUGAAGUAAGAUAUUUCACAUUCUCUCACUUUCCCUGUCAUAACCUUCAAUGGAGUAUCCCAGAAGUCCUUGUACGGGUUUCAAGCUGUAAUAGCUAGGAUUUCUGGAACACCUUGUCGUGAGGUGCUAACAUGAGUAGUGAAAUGGCCCACAGGUUCACCAUGAGGGGAAAGGAGAAGUUACAGUGGUCAGUCAUACCCUGAAUAAUUGAGAAUUGACUGUAUCGUGCAAUGAUGUGCUAGUUCAUAGUCUUUGUUUUAGUAUGGAGGAAGUGCCCAGACCAUAUCGAUUGGCCUGAGUAUUUCCUCAUUUUUAGUGUAUGCUGUGUGCAGUAUCAUUUUUAUGAUCUCGGAAUCCUGAUGGAGUUCAUUGUAGAUCUCAAACAUUUGAAGAAGAGACGCACCUGUACAAAAUGUUCAGUACUUGUAGAAUCUCGAGCUGUGUGUUUUUAUGUAAAUUCAUUAAUGAAAAAUUAUAAUAUAACUAAAAGAAGUGUGAGUACAGAUAAUAUAUAUGACAUAUAUAUAUAUAUAUACACACAUAUAUAUUCUAAAAUUAAAGGAGGGAGAAUUUACUAUUGAUUGCCAAAAUUUGCUCUGAUUGAGCUAUGUGGCUUUAGGUGACCAAGCUUGAUGAUGAGAUUUAUGGCCACAGUUGAAAGGAGAACAACACUUCUGAUUUUGUUCCCAGUAUUUAUAGAGAAUUAUUUUGAUAAUUUUAGCAGAACUGUAAUUUUAAAACAAAGAAUGCUUAAAAUUUUAGCAAUUAUAAA